GCUGAGGUUGUCUCUAGUGCCAGGUGCUGAGGUUGUCUCUAGUGGCAGGUGCUGAGGUUGUCUCUAGUGCCAGGUGCUGAGGUUGUCUCUAGUGCCAGGUGCUGAGGUUGUCUCUAGUGCCAGGUGCUGAGGUUGUCUCUAGUGCCAGGUGCUGAGGUUGUCUCUAGUGCCAGGUGCUGAGGUUGUCUCUAGUGCCAGGUGCUGAGGUUGUCUCUAGUGCCAGGUGCUGAGGUUGUCUCUAGUGCCAGGUGCUGAGGUUGUCUCUAGUGGCAGGUGCUGAGGUUGUCUCUAGUGGCAGGUGCUGAGGUUGUCUCUAGUGCCAGGUGCUGAGGUUGUCUCUAGUGCCAGGUGCUGAGGCUGUCUCUAGUGCCAGGUGCUGAGGUUGUCUCUAGUGCCAGGUGCUGAGGUUGUCUCUAGUGGCAGGUGCUGAGGUUGUCUCUAGUGGCAGGUGCUGAGGUUGUCUCUAGUGGCAGGUGCUGAGGUUGUCUCUAGUGGCAGGUGCUGAGGUUGUCUCUAGUGGCAGGUGCUGAGGUUGUCUCUAGUGGCAGGUGCUGAGGUUGUCUCUAGUGGCAGGUGCUGAGGUUGUCUCUAGUGGCAGGUGCUGAGGUUGUCUCUAGUGGCAGGUGCUGAGGUUGUCUCUAGUGCCAGGUGCUGAGGUUGUCUCUAGUGGCAGGUGCUGAGGUUGUCUCUAGUGGCAGGUGCUGAGGUUGUCUCUAGUGGCAGGUGCUGAGGUUGUCUCUAGUGGCAGGUGCUGAGGUUGUCUCUAGUGGCAGGUGCUGAGGUUGUCUCUAGUGGCAGGUGCUGAGGUUGUCUCUAGUGGCAGGUGCUGAGGUUGUCUCUAGUGGCAGGUGCUGAGGUUGUCUCUAGUGGCAGGUGCUGAGGUUGUCUCUAGUGGCAGGUGCUGAGGUUGUCUCUAGUGGCAGGUGCUGAGGUUGUCUCUAGUGGCAGGUGCUGAGGUUGUCUCUAGUGGCAGGUGCUGAGGUUGUCUCUAGUGGCAGGUGCUGAGGUUGUCUCUAGUGGCAGGUGCUGAGGUUGUCUCUAGUGGCAGGUGCUGAGGUUGUCUCUAGUGGCAGGUGCUGAGGUUGUCUCUAGUGGCAGGUGCUGAGGUUGUCUCUAGUGGCAGGUGCUGAGGUUGUCUCUAGUGCCAGGUGCUGAGGUUGUCUCUAGUGCCAGGUGCUGAGGUUGUCUCUAGUGCCAGGUGCUGAGGUUGUCUCUAGUGCCAGGUGCUGAGGUUGUCUCUAGUGCCAGGUGCUGAGGUUGUCUAGUGCCAGGUGCUGAGGUUGUCUCUAGUGGCAGGUGCUGAGGUUGUCUCUAGUGCCAGAUGCUGAGGUUGUCUCUAGUGCCAGGUGCUGAGGUUGUCUCUAGUGCCAGGUGCUGAGGUUCUCUGAUGGCAAGUGCUUAGGUUGUCUCUAAUGACAGGUGCUGAGGUUGUCUAGUGGCAGCUGCUGAGGAUACUAGUGCCAGGUGCUGAGGUUGUCAGCAUUUAUAUGCUGAGGCAUUUAUAUGCAAUGUGGCAUUGUAUUUUGUUUCAUGUGGUGUGUUUUCCCAAGUCAUUUAGAGAAGGCUCAUUUGCUUCUCUGAAUACUGACAAUAGUUUUUUGCACUGGUAUUUGAAUAUGCUGUAUUUUUCCUGUAAUUACUCUUUAACACAAUCCACCAGUCAUUUUCCAGAUCACCAAUUACUGCUGGGUGCACUGAGGCUUAUGGAAUGAAGAGACUGUGGCCCAGUGUACCAACCCUGCCCAUGAUUAAAUUGUAGGACCCAACAGCCUUAAGUACCGGUAAAAGAUGUCGCUCUAUUUUGACAUCAUAAUAGAUAGUCCCCAUGUAAGUGCCAUCAAUACCCAGAUAGCAUGGCAUCCCCAAGCUACAUGCCUUGCUGUUGCUGCUUACAGUGAAGAUAAAGGAGGUGCUAUAAAUGUCUUCACUGGAGAGGGUAAACUGUGUGAUGGGGUUGACAUCCCUCCACACCCAACAGCACAGGUGACAUCUAUUGUAUGGCACCCAAGCAAAAGAAUUAUGGCAGUUGGCUGGGAGUCGGGAGAACUCUUCCUAUGGAAUGAUCAUGAACACGAGCUUCAUGAAAUCCAGUCUCUGCAUCGAGCACCUAUCUCUAUCCUGAAGUUCAGCGAGGGUGGAACAAGGCUUGUGUCUGCAGAUGCGUCUGGUGCAACAGUGGGAUGGAGAGUGGACAGUUCGGGAAAUCUGCAGACGGUAUUUACGCAUGAACUUAAAGACCCCCUUGUGCAAGUGGUCUACAGGGUGAAUGUCAAUGCAGACAAGAACCUUCCUACUCUGGAUAUCAAUGGUCUUGCACGGGCUGCUGUGAGUGGUGAUGAAAGGGCCUUGGAUAUCUUCAGCUCCUGGAGGCCAAGAACAGGACACAAACGUCUUACCCUUGCAGCUAAUGCCAAAGACAAUCUUAACUUUUUCUUGGGAUCAUCUACUGGUGUGCUGUAUCAUGUAAGUGACACUGGUAACUGUGUUGAGGUUCUUCAGGCUGAUGGUGGCAUUAAACGACUUUUACAUCAUGAAUCCAAAAACCUGCUUGUAGUCAUCACGGAGGGCAUGGUUCUAGGGCAGUUUUCUGUUGCUCCAGAUGGAUCUGUCACUGAGGUCAAUAAGGUCAAGUUGAGUGGGCGAGGAACUGAGGUACAGGUUACAUGGGCAGGCAGUGGUCUGCUGGCUGUGUCAACUGGAGAUGGUUCUGUGCGUCUCUGGAAUUUAGACUCCGGGGAUAAUUAUGUGCUAAGUUUAUCUGGACCAAGCUAUCGUGAUCAAGAGUAUAUCAUGUGUUUAACUUAUUCAGAAAAUAAAAAGAUCUUGUGUGCAGGAACAAAUCUAGGGAGCGUGGCCAUGUGGAAGUUUGAAGAGCACAAGCCCGGAGAAGAUGAGUACACGAGUGACCCAGAGAAAGACUGGAAGUUGCAAAAUCCUUCGAUCAUCUCUGGAGCAGUAAAACAGGUUGCAUGGGGGUCUACUCAAAAUUUAUUAGCUGUAAACACUGUCCGUGAUGUUUAUAUAUUAAAUGAACAACGCAUGGUGGCUAGCUACAAAGAUCAGGUGUCAGUUGUGCAGGUGUCUCCAACUCAGCUGUCAGUGGACAUAUUUUCCGGGGGCAGCCAUUUGGAGUUAAAGGCUGAAAUUCAAGUACGAGGGGUCCAUAACUCUGUGGAUCACAUUCUGUUGUGGAACAAGAAAAAGAUGGUUGUGUAUGAAAUAACUUCUGAUGCUACUCAUCUCAGAGUUGUAGCAUCAUUUCCUUGUGAAGCUGAAAGUGCAGUCUUGCAUGAAGGCAGUAUUUAUUCCAUUGAAGGCACCAAUAUACAAGUGCGCUCCCUCCAGGGCACAAUAAAACAAACCCUCACCUUCACAGAGAGUGAAGGUGAGCCGAUUGGUCUUGAUGUAUGUGGAAAUUUUUUAGUGACUGCUACUCUUCAAGGAACCGUCAAGUUAUGGGAUCUGUCUAGAAGAGAAGCCAAGCCACAUACACAAGGGAAGCAGAUGAGCGAAGCUAUAAAGGACUUCGGGGAGAUAAUCUCUGCUCGCUGUAACUGUAAUGGUACUCGAGUCUCUAUUUCUAUUGCCCAGACGUCUCUAUUGCCAGACCCAAAGCUGUAUAUCUGGGAUAUCGAAAAUGAUAAUGUUACCUAUUUUAAUUUUGCCUCUGGUCGCACGGAGGAUGAUGAUGUAGAUGGAACUGCUCCUCCAAACUCGGCUGACAGUAGUAGUUCCAAGGAUGGUGGGCUGCAUGACAGAGCUAAACGUGAAACAGCACGAGAAGUGGGGGGUCGUUUUGUAAUGUCGCACAUGUGGGAUCUGGAAGACCCUCGUCUUCUAGUGUGUGAAGCCAAGUCUCUUCUUGGCACCACAAAACAGAGAGAUCACUACCUAACUACAUCUACUAAGGAUGAUAGGCCAGCUGUUAUGUUGGCAUCCCUGUUCGUGAGUCCUGACCAUGGCACCAUUGUCCAAGAUGUGUUUCCAAUGACUCCAACAUAUUCCCGCCUGCUUGGAGUACAAGUCCCCUAUUUCUACCUUCUCAAUGCUCAGGAUGCUGAGAAAAAGUCAGAUGCUAAGGCUGUACAACAAAAAGUGAUGCGGGAUUUUGUCGGUUUGGAGAACUGCGAUAAGUCGACGAAAGAUGCCAUGCUCAACUUCUCAUUCUAUCUCUCUAUUGGAAAUUUGGAUGAUGCCUUCAAAGCUAUAAAGGCUAUUAAAAGUGAAACAGUGUGGGAAAAUAUGGCCAAGAUGUGUGUAAAAACCAAACGCUUGGAUGUAGCAGCUCUGUGCUUGGGCAACAUGGGUCAUGCGAGGGGAGCAAGAGCUCUUCGACAAGCCAUGAAGGAGCCACAGUUGGAUGCCAGAGUGGCUAUGCUUGCUCUCCAGCUUGGUAUGAUGGAAGAAGCUGAGCGUUUAUAUCGUGGCUGUGGGCGGUAUGAUUUGGUCAAUCGCUUGUACCAGGAUGGUGGCAUCUGGUCAAAGGCCCUGGAGACUGCAGAGAGCAACGACAGAAUUCAUUUACGUUCUACACAUUACAAUUAUGCAAAGCACUUGGAGAGUAAAGGUGACUUCAGUGGAGCCAUAAGCCAUUAUGAAAAGUCAGACACUCACAGAUUUGAAGUGCCUCGGAUGCUUUUUGAUGAUUUGCCAACACUUGAAGACUAUAUAAUGCAUACUAAUGAUAAAGCACUGAGGAGAUGGUGGGCUCAGUAUCUGGAAUCCACAGGUGAAAUGGAGACAGCACUUCAGUUUUAUGAAGCUGCUCAGGAUCAUUUAUCUUUAGUGAGAGUCUAUUGCUACUGCAACAACCUUCAAAAGGCUGCAGAUAUUGCAAAUGAAACAGAUGACAGAGCAGCGUGUUAUCACUUAGCACGGCAGUAUGAAAAUGUGGCUCAAGUAAAAGAGGCUAUUCACUUCUUCACCCGAGCCCAUGCCUAUGGAAAUGCCAUUAGGAUAUGCAAAGAGAAUGGUUUUGAAGAUCAGUUGAUGAAUCUGGCACUUGUGGCUAAACCUCAAGAUCAGAUUGAUGCUGCAAGGUACUUCUCUUCCUCUGAACGACGUCAACUUCCCAAAGCAGUGAUGCUAUAUCAUAAGGCAGGGCUUCUGUCAAAGGCAGUUGAUCUAGCAUUUAAAUCUGGCCAGAUCAGCGCAGUUGGGCAAAUUGCUGGAGAACUAGAUGAGAGUGCAGACCCUGCACUUAUUCAGAGAUGUGCAGAGUACUUCAUUUCCAAUGGGCAGUUUGAUCGUGCUGUGUCAUUACUAAUAACUGGGAAACAGUAUUCUGAUGCUCUUGAUCUAUGUGUAGAGCACAAUGUUUGGAUCACAGACGAAUUGGCAGAAAGGUUUACUCUGCCUAAGGACGAGUCGAGUCGUAACCAGAUAUUAGAAAAGGUGGCCGAGUGCGCUUAUGCCCAGGAGAAUUAUAAACUGGCUACUAAGAAGUUUACUCAAGCUGGAAAUAAGGUCAAGGCAAUGAAAUGUUUGCUGAAAUCUGGUGAUACAGAAAGAAUUGUUUACUUUGCAAAUGUUUGCCGUCAACGAGAAAUAUACAUAAUGGCAGCAAAUUACCUCCAGAGUUUAGACUGGCGUAAGGAGCCAGAAAUAAUGGGCAACAUAAUUCAAUUUUAUACCAGAGCAAAGGCCAUGGUUUUGUUGGCUGGUUUCUAUGACUCCUGUGCUCAGGUUGAAAUUGAUGAGUUCCAAAACUAUGAGAAAGCUACUGUAGCCUUAAGUGAAGCCUACAAAGUUCUGACAUCCAUCAGUGAUCCCCAGGCCCAGGAGAAAUUACCAGCAAUUCAAUACAAAUUGGAAAAGGUUAAGCAGUUUCUUGGGAUUAAGAGAAUGUUUGCAACAGAUGGAGAUUCGACCAUCAGCGAACUUCAGGAAUUAUUGGCUGAGCCAAAUAUUGAAGUUGCAGUAAGACAGGGGGAUAUUUAUGCAGCUAUAAUUGAAUAUUAUGCUGCUCACAGCAACUUCAAGUCAGCUUUGGGUGCUUUGCAAGAAAUGAAAACCAAGCUACCUAAGGCAAAUCCCAGUUACUACAUAGAUGCCCAAGCUUUGCAAGCCAUCUCACGAACAACAGGCAUGAACCUAAGUACAACUGAUAAUGGAGGGGUGGAUGGAGGCGGAAGUGAAGAUGAUGGCAAUGCCAGUGAUGAGGUGGUAGAGGAGGAGGAAGACGACGAAAGGCCGCAACAUCAUUUUGCUCUCAAUGGGUCAGCAAAGUUUUUCUAGACAUUGAUUUAGAAAUUUAAGUUUGUGAAAUGUAAGAAUGCAGUUUGAUAUUUAUAAUAACUAUAGAUAUAUAUUUAUAUAUAAUGUUUAUUGUAAAUGAAAAAUUAAUGAUAAUCGUGGAAUUUAAUUUCAAGUGCAACGUUUUAAAUAAAAAAACAUUCUAGUCUGAGAUCUGUUUUAUUGUAAAGUGAAUAAAGUUUGCACCUCAAUAUUUUAAGAUAUAGAAAAGGAAUUAUUUAAUAUAGUUCAAGACUGCAAAGGAGAAAGAUUUAUACGAAGAUUAAGUAGCAGUUGUAAGGGCAAGAAAAUUGGAACCUGGGUAUGGAAGAACAGUUUUGAUGACCAAACCACACACCAGAAGAUGGAGAAACGAUGACGUUUUAGUUAAUCCUGGACCUUCAUAAAGUCGUGUGUGAGAGAGGGGAAGGAACAGGCCAAUAAAUAUAGGAAGAGAGUGAGAUGAGGAACAGGUAAGGAAAGAAUGUAAGAGUAAGGUGAAAGGUAAGAAUGCAAUGAAGAAAGAAUGAUCUGAGGUAAGAAUAAGAAUGUAACAAAAAGAAAAGGGGUAGACCUAAAUCAAGUUACAUUUGUUAAGAAGGUUAGAGCAUUUAAGUAUGUACUGUGAAAGGGAAGAGUCAACAGCAACAAAGCCAGGACUAAGGUUCAUGUUGGGGGUAUGUUGUGUAUCAGAGCCGUUUAAGACGGCAUACCGAAACGUUGCCAUUUUUUCAUUUUCUGAUGUCUGGUUUGGUCAUCAUUUUUUCAGCCGCAUUAUUGUGACAUGUCGUCUUCAUAUAACAUUGUCAAAUUCAUUUGUAUUGAUGUUUUUCCAAUUUAAUUAGCACAUUACAGGCACGAAUUAUGCAGGGAUUCUCAGACUUGGGUACUUAUACCCCUGGUGCUCUCUUCAAUGUUUGCAUGUUUCAAGGUUGCUCUAAUUUGUAUAUACUGUAUGUUUCAAGGUUGCUCUGUUGACGAAUCUAGUCAGUAGAGCAUCCUUGGAAUAUAAAAACACUGGAGAGAACAUUAGGGCUCACAUACCAUUAUUACAGAGUCUCAAGCUGGGGUAAGUUGCAGAUUGAUAUGGGAAGAAAACACUAUUUUCUUACCACAUCCUAGCAUAAAAACAAGAAGUUAGUGACUGACUAGAGCCCUUCAGUAUAUAAAUCAUUCUUCUUUACAUGUCUUUAACAAGCCCUCAAGUCUAAUUAGAUUUAUCCUCAAUUCGUCCAGCAAAACUGCAUCAUGUGUAUUUAAGAAUUGGGAAAUAUACAGUACUGUAUAAUAAAAAAUUAUAAAAAAAAUUAUACUGUAUUUUGAUUACACGUCAUAAUUUCUCAGCCUCAUUCAUUCCACACACUUUUGUAGAAUGUUACAUUAUGUAAUUUGUUGCAUUCAAUUAUAAUGAAUAAAAACUACAUUUUUUUUACAUUCUUUUCACUAUUUAACGUAAAUUCAAAGUUGGUUUAAAUUAUUUAUUAUAUAUUGCAUUUCCUUAAUACAGUAAUUACAGAAAUACUGUACUGUUAUCAUACUGUAGUAAUAUUUUUUACCUUUGGCAUGAUGUUUUAUUAAGCUAAAAUAAGAGUGCUGUUUUUCAAGAAAUGCAGUAUAUAGUCUGCCAUAAACUGCUUCAUUUUUAAAAUAGCUUGAUGACAUGUAAACUUGUUUAUAUAUUUAGAUGUCUUUUAUAUGUUACUUGUAUAUGUUAUUCAUGUUGUGUUGGCACGAAGUAAUGCUUCAAUUCUCUCUGUAAACUGAUCAGCUCAAAUGCCAAACAUGACAUUUUGCAGAAUUGUUUAAGAUUUUUAACAGCAAAUAUUAAUAUCUAAUAUGAAUUCUUGAUCACUUCUCUAUAUUAUUUAUUACUUUGAAGUGAUAAAAGUAAACUGCCUGUAUUUUAAUAGUAUGAAAUCAUUGUGUAUGGAUUUGAGAUUUAAAUCUUUAGUUUUACAGUUUUAUACAUAAAAACCUAUCGUUCAAACCAAAUACUGUAUGAGCAACAAUCUGAAUUAGUAUUUUUUCCGUCCAUAUGAAGCACACGACAUUUAAGAAUAUAAAUACAUACAUGUUCUGUAUAGUAUAUACAGAAAAUAAAAUAUUAUUCUUU